AUGGAGCUUUCAGCCAAUGAGCUCAGCAUUUAUGACAAGCUAUCAGAGACGAUUGAUCUAGUGAGGCAGACUGGCCACCAGUGUGGGAUGUCAGAAAAAGCCAUUGAGAAAUUCAUCAAGCAGCUCUUGGAAAGAAAUGAACCCCAAAGGGGACCUCCGCGGUACCCUGUCUUAGUGGCUCUCUACAAGGGCCUGCUCACGCUGGGGUUGGUCUUACUGACUGUUUACUUUGUGAUCCAGCCAUACAGCCCGCUGCCGCCUGAAGCUCCUCUCUCCAGAGCCCACGCCUGGGGCUCCCUCAUCGGUCACAUCCGGCUGCUCUCUCUGCCCAUUGCCAAGAAGUACAUGCUUGAGAAAUGCCAGGACUGGUGGGCAGCAGGUUGCAGACAGAACACUUCUACACUUCCUGCAAACUGCACAGUCUGUUCUGCUGUGAAAAGCCUUCAGAUAGUGACAGACUUCGGAGAACUAUCAGAAAAGCUCCAGAGGGCUCAGCCUUUUCUAAUCAAGACAGGGCAGCAUCUCUCCUAUGAAGAACUGAAGCAUUUUCAGUCCCAGGAUCCAGACCUGGCAGAGGUUAUAAUAGAAGAAAAUUCAGCUGAAUUGUGGAGCUGCCCAUUUUUUUUUCCCAGGAACAAAUCUGUGAAUAAAACUCGGAUUCUGCAGGAAUUUUUCCCCACUUCCUCUUUGCUGUCCUUCCCCAGGACAGUGUCCCUGGAGAGCUGCUUCCUCAUCCGCCAUCCAGAUUUGGGGAAUAAGAGCUACAGUUUGCACAGCCUCUUUGCCGUUGGAAGUGGACAGCUCACCCUGACUGUUGUACCUCUGGACAAGUGCAGAGGACACUGUGAGAUGUUCAAGGUGGAGCUGGAAGCUGGAGAUUUGGGUUAUGCCAGCACGGAUUACUGGACGAUGAGCUUCAUGGCCAAAGGGACAGAGCCGGCGGUUGUUUGUGAUGGAGCUGCUAGCUAAGGACAGUGGGGUGGGAAAACAGAGCUGUUUCCAGGACAAGAAGACUUUCAGCUUUGAACCCAAGGCAGCAUCUUGAAAGCGAUAGAGCUGGGGCAACUGGGGCAGGCAGCUUGCCACCCUGCAUGUUUACAGUAUUUAAAAAUGACUGUUUUCCUGACCCUUGAGGUAAUUUUUUGCCUUUCCUCAAAUGUAUUUUGGGAGAAGCUCAAGCUAUUUAUGACCUUCCC